UUAUUGUCAGCGCGGUUAUUUUUGUGAGAUAAUUUUUAAAAAUCGCAGAUGUGACGUCAUGUAAUGGCGGAUCUGUUAUUAAAGUGUUAUUCAUAAAUAAAUAAUAAAACGUGAAAAUAUUUUCAAAUAAAGAAAGUUUCAUUGUUUGUUGUGAAAAAUAGCGGAUUAGGGUCAUAUUGGUGCAGCGAGAUAGUGUUGACCUAGAUUUGUUAGAGCUUGCAGAGGAACGAUUGAAACGAAUUAAAUUGUAGUUGUGGAGGUGAUUAUUUCGGGUGGUUUUUAUUUUGAAAUAAAGCCCGAAUGGCGCGUAUUGUCUGCAUGUGGUGAUAGAAUAAAAGUGGCCAAGAAUCGGGACCUGCGUAUGGAAGCGGAGUGACAACUGACAACUUUUGUUAGUAAACGGUAGAGAGCUGUCCGAGACGUUCGCUAACGAAUCGUGGACUUCUUACCACGGCCAUUGUGAAUUUCUAGUGAUUACGUCUCUGGCAAAUAAAGUGACCAUAGUGACUGUUACACAAAUACAUGGUAGUAAUUUCGUGACAAUUUCAUCAUGUCUUCCCCAAGUGCUGGAAAAAGACGAAUGGACACUGACGUUAUUAAACUAAUUGAAAGUAAACACGAAGUCACGCUUUUAGGGGGUCUUAACGAAUUUUGUGUUAAAUUUUAUGGGCCCAGAGGCACCCCUUAUGAAGGAGGUGUUUGGAAGGUGAGGGUACAUUUACCAGAACAUUACCCAUUUAAAUCUCCCAGUAUAGGAUUUAUGAAUAGAGUGUACCAUCCGAAUAUCGAUGAAGUAUCUGGGACAGUCUGUUUAGAUGUAAUUAAUCAAGCGUGGACUGCUUUAUAUGACUUAUCAAACAUAUUUGAAUCAUUUCUUCCCCAAUUAUUAACUUACCCAAAUCCAAUAGAUCCUUUAAAUGGUGAUGCAGCAGCAAUGUAUUUACAUAAACCGGAAGAAUAUAAAAAAAAAGUUUCAGAAUAUGUUAGAAAAUAUGCGACAGAAGAAGCGCUAAGAGGGCAAGAAAACGUUAGUUCUGACAGUGAAUCAAGCAUGUCAGAUUUUUCAGAAAACGAAGCCGAAGACAUGGAAUUAUAACGUAGGGCGACCAAUAAAAAUAAAACCUCGCUCAAAAAAAUUCCCACACCCUUAAAAUGUUCGGUUAAGUGUUGAAUGUGAGAUGAUUUUUUUUGUUUUUUUUUUCUCUUCGGAUAAUUUUAGUUGUUUUGCAUUUUAUAGUUUAUAUAUAUAAAUAUAACGCAUUAGAAUAAUUCAUAACAUCACAGCAAUAUUUGAUUUUUCGCUUUAUUCAUUGAACCAGGGUACUUUAAUACUCUUUUCUCAGGUUAAAUAUUGCUAAAUUUUCACACAAGUGACUUCUGACUGUGCCUGGGUUUAGUGGAUAAAGUGUAUAAAUCCCUUCACCCUAAAUUCUAAAUUUGCUGCGUUAUUUUUCCUGUCGAAUAAUAAAAAAUACAAUAAUUUUGUGUUUUGAGCGAAUAUUUUUUGAAAAAAAAAUCAUCCUAGAUAUUUAGGGCCGUUGUUUUAUAAAGAUAAACUUUUGAUAAAUAUCAUCAUAUAUGGAUUAUGUCGUAUUAUAUAUUUAAGAUUUAUUGGUCUUCUGCGCCAAAUGCGAGUCAUCUAUGUAGGGCUUGAAUUUAUAUUAAAAUAAUAAUAAUUUAGACUUGCUUUUUGUUUUUUUCUUUUCAGCAGAGCGAGAACAUAUUUAUUAUUUAUUUGUUUAGGUAGUGCAAUAGUAUACCUACAAGAUUUGUUUCAUAACUUUAAGUUAAUGGUCUCAUUAUUUAAAUAUUAAUACCUGUAUAUAUUUAUAAUUUGCUGUGUUAAAAACUUUCCGUCAAUACUAAUUCAUUAGCAUGAAAUAAACUCAUUUGUUGUAGAUAUCUUUAAGUCCACAGGAAAGUUUAUAAUAUUUGUUCAGAUUAAUGAUUUUAAGUUACAUAACAUGUCAAUGCAACAACAAUAUUGUAUUGUUUUGGUAGUUGUUAUAUUCAUCUUAAAUAAAGAUUUAACUUAAAAAUCAUUAAAAUUGAUACACAUCACAAUGACUAUUUUUAAUUAGAAAUUUAAAUGUAGCAAACUCAUUUUGGUAGCAUUUAACAGUAAUAAAUACUAAAU